AUCUUCACCGUUUGAAUAGAACACCCCCGUAUUUUCGUCAUAAUUUAUCCCUUGUCUUGCUUCGCUAGUUAGUUUUAGGAACGUGUCAUAUACUCCUUGCAUCCGUCUGCCACGUGUGCUGUGAUAGGCCCCUACACGGCGCACACUUUUUGCGCUUGGUACUUCGCCAUUUUCCCAGCACCAGUUGACGUCGAUUUUGCUGUGUUUGUGGCCAGUUUGUCGGCACACAACUGUCUGAAAUGUAAGGCGUCCUCAUUGGGGCUUGUCUCCAGAACCUGUGGCAGAAUGUACAUAUACAUGCAGUAGGAGUCAUCCAGUCCCUGAACCUGGGGAUAUUUUUGAGAUGGACGUGGACGCAAGCCUGAAGAUUGUUGGCCUCGGUGGCUGCGUGCAGAACACCAACUUCGUAAUAUUUGGGAUGGGCUUUGCUCUAGCAGCCAUCCAACUGACUUCCGUCGCCCUCACAGUUGACCAGUCCGUGGAGCAUUACUGUAAGCCGGCACCCGGCUUCAUGGCCAAUGAAACAACGCCUAUAAUCGUUAAAGACGGCCGCCUCGUACCCGAUAGCUGUCAAAUGUACGAAGUCCUGAAUGAGACACUGACGGAGAACACGACGACUUGUCAACAUGGCUGGGAAUACCCUGCCUUCGAGAAAUACGGAGAAACCAGCUUUGUGACUGACGUGAAUCUUGUUUGCAGUCGUGGUUAUCUGGCAGGUUUACUCAUCUCCAUACACUUCGCUGGCGUGCUGGUAGGUGGUUUCCUCACCGGCCAGGCUGGAGACACUUUCGGCCGCCGUCCUGUCUGCAUGGCCACGCUGCUCCUGAUCAGCGUGCUGGGCACAGCCGUCAGCUUCACGUGGAACUUGGAGCUCAUGAUGGCCCUGAGGUUCCUCUUGGGGGUAGUAAUACCGGGAAACACUUUAACAGGCUAUAUCCUCGUUGUUGAGAUGUUCACGCCCAAGAAGCGACUGGUUGGUCACGUGCUCAUUCAGCAUUUCUGGAGUUUCGGAGUAAUGCUUGUCGCGCCGUUAGCCUACCUCAUGCCUAACUGGCGUCGCUUUCAACUCGUCACGUCUCUAAUGUGUCUGCCGGUCGUCUUAAUCAUGUGCUUCUUUACAUAUGAGUCACUCCGAUGGCUUAUUCAGAAAGGCCAACUGGAUAGGGCGGAGGCCAUUCUACAAAGAAUCGCAAAAUCCAAGAACAUCCAACACGAUGGACCCUUCCUGGUGAACCAAGAGAGUAAGGAGCUGUUGGAUAAAUUGGAGCCAGAACAGAAGAAAGACUGCGAAGACUGCUCAGGUCCAUCGGUACAGGGAAGACAAACGCAUGACGAGGCGGUGGAUGACGAACGGGAAGGUCACUGCAUCCAACCUUCCAGCGCGGGAGAAGACGCAAUGGGCCAGAUCGCAAAGACCAGUGGGCCUACCAACGUCAAAAGGUACACCGUCCUAGACCUCUUCAAGACCAGGGUCCUCAUCAAACACACAUCCAUCGUUUUCGUUUGCUGGUUUGUUAUGAAUGCAACCUACUUCGGAUUCAUCCUCUAUUCGACCAGUCUGAGUGGCAAUAGGUACCUCAGCUUCUUCUUGUUGGCUCUUGUCGAGGCACCGGUCUAUGGUAUCGAUUUCUUCAUUGUCAGGAGAUUUGGCCGAAAAAGGCCAGACAUCGUUUUCUUCUUCACUGGAGCAGUGGCGUGUCUGCUGAUCGCUUUCUUCUCUAUGAAAACAGCCAGUGGACUGGAUUCAUCAGCGCUUGUGGUUGCUGUGGCGAUGAUAGGGAAAUUCUACACCAACGCUGCUUAUGAAGUCACGCUGCUGAUGAGUGCAGAGAUCUUCCCCACGGUGCUUCGGAACAUUGCAACAGGUAGUUCAUCCACUAUCGGAAGGAUUAGUGCCAUCAUGGCACCUUUCAUCGUGUAUCUGGUAAGUGACAGCGCAUUGGGUAUCACCUUGAAUGAUGCGAUGGCACGUGGCCAUGGUCAGGCUGUUGUCUUGAAUAUAGCCAAUGAAUCGUCGGGCCGUAAAGAAAGAACGGUGUGAUGGUGAAUAAAUUAAGUAUACUUGAAAACCAUCGGGAUGGAAUGCAUGGGGUUUGUUUUGGUACCAUUGACUAUCGCUUGUGGAGAAAGACCACGGGGUCUUUCUCUUAAAAUUCACGUCCUCGCCCAUUCAAAUAAAAGAAUCUCCACUUUUUCUUCGUUUGUCCGACUUAAGCCACGCCCCUACCCUACUAUUAUUGUCCAUUUUGUAGAAAAAAACAAAAGGCUUUACUGGUGCUUUGAGAGCUGUGAGAUGAAUUCCAUCAUUUGUCCAGCGUUGGUUAGCUAUGUACAUUUGCAUGUACUUAAAAGCUUCAUUCCUGUCCCAAGCCGAUGAGGAACUCCUCGGCUGGGUGCACAACUAUUUUUCAUUCACAAGCACAGUACAGGCUUUACACGUUACAUGCAGACAUGCAGUCGACACCAUCAGUGUAUCGCACGGCACACACACUGUCUUACGGUCCAACUGGAUUUAUAUCUAUGUGUUAGUUGCGGAAUAUGCUGAAACAUUUAAGUUAGUAAAGGCUAUCGAAAGCUGGGGGCCCUUCACACCACCAACGAGCAAGUUUCCUGAGUGACUGAUUUGAGAACUACAGUUCACUGUCUCUUCAAAUGAAGAUUACGUUUACAACCUUGGAAGUACAUGCUUCCUCUUUGAAAUCCUUCAGUCACCAAAGGAAUAUUUUUGUUUGGAAAAUACAUGCAUUUGGAAUAUCACCUCAUUCAUCUGGGAAUUAUCAUACGUAAGUUUUUAAACGAUUAAUCUGUUUUGAAAACUUGUAAACUUGGAUUGUGAUUGCUGAAGUUGUUUUUACAAAUUAUUUAAUAACAGAGAAAGAGU